ACAAACUCUGUGAUUAGCAGAUUCUCUAUCAACCAGCCCUAACCAGGAAGGGCUUGUUGUUAACCAGCGGCGACAAGAUGGCGUCGCUGGAUCGAGUGAAAGUGCUGGUGUUGGGGGACUCAGGUGUUGGGAAAUCUUCACUUGUUCAUCUUUUGUGUCAAAAUCAGGUGUUGGGAAAUCCAUCCUGGACCGUGGGCUGCUCAGUGGAUGUCCGAGUUCAUGACUAUAAGGAGGGAACACCAGAAGAAAAGACCUUCUAUAUUGAAUUGUGGGAUGUUGGAGGAUCCGUGGGCGGUGCCAGCAGUGUGAAAAGCACACGAGCAGUAUUCUUCAACUCCGUAAAUGGCAUUAUUCUAGUGCAUGACUUAACGAAUAAGAAGUCAUCUCAGAAUUUGUAUCGUUGGUCAUUGGAAGCUGUCAACAGGGAUUUGGUCCCAAGUGGAGUGUUAGUUACCAAUGGGGACUAUGACCGAGAACAAUUUGCUGACAACCAAAUUCCCCUAUUGGUAAUAGGAACCAAACUGGACCAGAUUCAUGAAGCUAAGCGCAAUGAAGUCCUAACUAGAAUUGCUUUCUUGGCUGAAGAUUUCAAUGCAGAAGAGAUUAAUUUGGACUGCACAAAUCCUCGAUACCUUGCUGCAGGAUCUUCCAAUGCUGUCAAGCUGAGUAGAUUUUUUGAUAAGGUUAUAGAGAAGAGAUACUUUAUUCGAGAUGGUAACCAGAUGCCUGGCUUUCCUGACCGAAAGAGAUUUGGUGGAGGAGUUCUAAAGAACCUUCAUUAUGACUGAAAUAUACUCAUCCUUUUAAAGAUUGAACAAGAGGGAACAGAUUUUCCCUUCUUAAUGGGCUCCAGGGGCAAUGUAUUGGCUGUUAGAAUGCCCAGCCUUUCAUGCAUCUGUCUUAAGAAUUCUAUUCAUCAUACUUCCCCACUAAUGGAAAAAUAAAGGGAAAUGAUAAUAGGGGUCAUUCCUUCUCUA